AGAUAAGAAAAGAAUUGCAUAGAGAAUUGAAUGAAAAGGAGCAAUUUUACAAGACAUUAUUUUUAGCUAAAGACGAUUAUGAAACAAUUAUAAAAGAGGAUAAAUAUAAAAGCUUAAGUGAUUGUGGGUCCAAAGCUACAUUUUUAGAUAAAAUUAAAGCUUUGGUUGCUGAGGAAAAUAUAAUUCCAAAGGCACCAUUACGUAUUGAAUCUAAAAGACAAACAUCUACUAAACGCGGUCUUCUUCGAAGUGAGUAUCAAGAUAAG